GUGUACUCUCUGUCAGAACUAGUACUUCAUAUCGUUAAGAUAGAGAAUGUUAGCUCCACCUAUACCAAGGAACAGCUAUCUGAAAAGUUACUUCCUCUCAGAAGACCCUAUGAAUCUGGUCUGGGAUGUGAGUGGCAUGAAGCUAAUACGGAUUACGGAUUGUGCAGCACUGGUGUUCUGAGGCGGUGGAUUCUGUCUGUAUGCGAGAUAAUGAAGCCAGUUAAACCCAGCGCUUGCAAUCAGGGGGAUGAGGAUGAGGAUGAUGGGUUCUGGAGUCAGAAGGGAAGUAAGACUGAACUACAUGGAAAUGGUAAACGAGCUUUUACAAGUUUACAAGCAACUGGGCUGAUGUCCGAGUACAUUACAGACUGGAAGCAUUACACUCAUUACUCCCAAUCAUUUGAAAAACCGGAAGAACCCCCAUUAGACUAUAGAUGAAUCACUCUCCCUGCUCAUCAGCCUUUCCUCUCUUCAUCAUCAUUUGGUUGGAUCCGUUCAUGAGUUCUACGAAAUGGUAUUUUCUCUCCAAUUUGUUAUACAAACUUAUUGCUAUUCGGUUCUCCUGGUUUAGUGCAGUAAAUAAUACCUUUCAAGUGCA